AUGUGUCGGUUAUCGAAGAGAGUCGCCAAGCACCGAAAGUGUGGUGACGGCGGCCUCAACUUCACCGACAAUACCGACAACCGGUACAACUACGCCACCUUUCAUAUUGACCUUACUGCACAUACCGCGCUAUUACAACAAGACUGCUUAUUUCUGGAAAAAAAUGCCGCGAACAAACGCGGCGCCAAACUACUGUGCCGGGUGAGUUGGUUACCGAAAGAAAAGAUGAAUGUUAUUAGGUCAACCUGGAGCUUCCAGUCCAAGCUGAUAAAUUGUGACGGGCUGCAAGAGCUCUACAUCUCGGCAAACGGGAUGACACUAAAAAUCGGAGCCGGCAGCGUGCGGAUCGGCUACGUGGCCCUAGCCGGAAAUGCCUGCCAGGCUACGGUGCCAAUUUACCGAUUUGCAAACGGGAACAAGGGAAACUUAUAUCUCACCGCACUCGCGGCAACACAGUCCUUGCUCAGUACCGCCGGAAAGGAUCCAAUAUUCUAUGUUUGGCCCAAAGGACCGUGCAAUGUGUUGGAAUUCCCGGCUGCUGAUUGUCGCGACAUCGGAUGCACCCCAUGCCAGCCCUGUCGUGCCACCGAUGAAUUAGAUUUUCUUUUAUCU